CUUCAAAAAAUUAUUUCUCAAAAUUUACCUCAACUUACGCACCACAAUCAGCAUUGCACAUACUAACCAUGCCCGAGCCAACGUUCAACCUCACUGUCCUCAUCUCCGGAAACGGUUCCAACCUCCAAGCCCUCAUCGACGCCUGCGCCUCCUCCGCCCUCCCCUCCACGCGCAUAACACGCGUGAUAUCAAACAAAGCAGACGCCUACGGCCUCACCCGCGCCUCCAACGCCUCAAUCCCCAGCACCGUCCACAGCCUCGACCCCUACAAAGCACGCUUUCCCAACGCCAAAAAGCCCAAACUCUCGUCCCCAGAAGCCCGCUCGGAGUACUGCAAAGACCUCGCCAAGCUCGCUCUGGAGGUUACGCCGAAGCCCGACCUGAUCGUCUGCGCGGGAUGGAUGCUCAUCCUCACGCCCACGUUCCUAACGCCGGUCGCGGAGGCAGGGCUCAAAAUCAUAAAUCUGCAUCCUGCGCUUCCCGGGGAGUUCGACGGGAUCGACGCGAUUGGGAGGGCGCAUAAGGCGUUUUUGGCGGGCGAGAUCAAGAGGACGGGGGUUAUGAUACAUGAGGUUAUUGAGGAUGUGGAUGCGGGGAAGCCGGUUGUGACGCAGGAGGUGGAGAUGCGGGAGGGGGAGAGUAAGGAGGAGUUGGAGGCGAGGAUACAUGAGGUGGAGCAUGGGUUGAUUGUUGAGGGGACGAGGAGGACGUUGCUGGAGAUUGGGGACAGGAGGAAGACGGAGGGUGGGGCGUGAUAAGGGGAGCGGGAGAGUUUGGGUUUGUGAUGGAGUUCGGAGAGAAAAAAGUGUUGAAAAAAAGGCGGUAUGUGUUUUUCUUGUAUGUAUACUUCGAGGGAUUCUAUUGUAUAUGAGCUUUCGGUGCUUGCGUUGGAAGCGCGUGUCUGAUCGUAUCAACCGGGGAAACAACCGAAUUGGCAAAGCCAUAUCCAAGACUCGGUCCUGCUAUGCAGCAGUCAAAACAAGCCAUUCAUCACUAAAAUUCUCAGAAAGGAAGUUGUGUUCACGUGAUGGGCACGUGACAUCAUAAAGGAGAUAUCGAAGGACGUCAUAACGACCGAAGAGAGCUGACGUAAACAUAUUUAGUUGCCAUCAAAAUAGAGAAGUAAAGAC